UCGUGCACAAGGACCCGGGGCUCGCCUGCGCGGUCGUAUAGGGGGUUCUCCGGGGGGUGGCGGUCACCACUACCAGAAGGAGGUGCUGCUGCUCAUCGACGAGCAGAAGGAGAUCCUGGAGGCGCUCGAGCAGCACCAGUUCGAUGCCCUCGCCCUGCCCGUAUACAACCGGAUCGCGCGCUGCCCCACCAGCUGCAGCUCCCAGGUUCUUCAUAUGGAAGGGCACAUAUAUUGAGCACCUAAAGUCAUCGGGGAUAAUGGCAGCAGAUCCAUCUGGCGUCUUUGAAGGCCAGAUCAAGUCUGCACCUGCUGUGGCGUCAUCAGACAGCUUGGCAGAGGUGCUUAAUCAGCUCCGCCAGGUGAACGAGGGCAUACCCAACAUAAACACCGGUUUAGCUGAGGCAAGAAUGGCUUACAUGGGUGUUUUCUGCACUCCAAGGAUAACCAGGAUGAUUGUGUUGUCCCUGUUCUAUGUUUGGCUUGGCUGCACUCUCGCUAAGUUCAUCCAGAUGUGAUGCUCAUUAGGGUAAGGAAUUUGGUAGUUUCAGUUCUGAUUUAGUCUAGGAAUUUCGUGUAGGGAUAAUUUGUACAC